CACCGGCUCGUCCCGGAGACUCGGCGCUCAUUCAGGUAAAAGAAGGAAACAGGACGCAGCUGCUGCGCCGCAGUUCACGGCCAAAUCCUGAACGGAGACAUUUGUUUUUAUCCCUCUUUCCUCCGGCUCCACCACACUGAAAGCCUCUGCCUGUUGCACACUUACUCUGUACUGAGUGUACGGUUUCUGUGUCGCGCUAGGAGCAUGGCGGCUAUCAAGGCUUUGGAGCAGUGGUGUAAAAUGCAUUGUGAGGGCUACCGAGAUGUGGCCAUCACCAACAUGACGACUUCUUUCAGAAACGGAUUGGCUUUUUGUGCGCUCAUACACAAGUACAGACCGGACCUGAUAGACUAUGACUCACUCAAAAAGGAGGAUGUGUUUGAGAACAACAGACUGGCUUUUCAGGUCGCAGAGGAGAAGUUGGGGAUCCCAGCUUUGUUAGAUGCAGAAGACAUGGUGGCCUUAAGGAUUCCAGACAGGCUGAGCAUUCUUACCUACGUCUCCCAGUACUACAAUUACUUCAAAGGACGGCCUCCCAUGGGAGGUGUAAAAAGGCCAGCAGAGGGCUCCAAGGAGGAGCCAUCAGAGAAGAAAAAUCUCCCAGUGGUUGCCAAAACCUUUGUGUCUAAAACCGCCAUUGAGAAUCGUUUACCUUCCACUCUCACUGCUCAGCCCUCACCCAAGUUGGCCAGGGCUGUUGUUCAGACGGUUCUGGCAGAAAACGCCAACAAAAAUGGGACUCUCAAUAGCAAAUGUGUUGCAUGCAUGAGUCACGUUCAUCUGGUUCAGAGGCACUUUGUCGAAGGCAAGCUCUAUCACAGAAGCUGUUUCAAAUGCAGUGAAUGCUACAGCGUGCUUUACACAGGAGGCUACAAACCUGGGAAGAAUCCAGACACUUUUAUCUGCAACCAGAGCAGUUGCAAAACUUCCUCUUCUGAGCUUGGGUUUAAAAACGGACCCACCAGUUCAGCUGGGCAAUUGAACAGUGCCAGCCAGACCCAGUCUGCACCACGCCCCUCUUCUGUGCUUUCAGCCCCACUGGAUAUUGUUAGGAAGCCAGUCAGUCCUACUCCACCUUCCAAGUCCUGGACAGCCUCAGCCCAGAAGACGCAGUCGGCCCGGCAGAGGUUUUUCCAGGCUGCACCACCAGUCACAGAGGCCUCAACAGGUAACAGGAAGCCCACAGAGGUUUCAAGUGUUUUAGGAAGGCCGAAGGUCCCACCGAGUCCUGAUGAUGAGAAAAGCAGAGCCAGGACAAUCAUUGGAAAGAAAUUUGCAGAAGAAAACUGCAACAACAACAACAAGCGCCCAUUUACCAUUCGAUCAGCAGAGAGACGGUUUGGAGAUGAGCCAAGUUCAGCUGACAGCCCCGGUUUCAGAAAGGAUAAAUGCAGCCAAGACCCAGCAGGAAACUGGGCAGGACAGCCAUCCACCAGCCAGACAAACAAUAAGGAAUCGCCAUGUCUGAAGGCCAUCAACAAAGACCGCACAAGGCCAACAACUGUACACACAACCGCCAAAGAUCAAGUCUAUGAGUGGCAAUCAAAACUCAAACCUUUGAAAACAGAGCUAGGUCUAAAAGAUGCUGGAGUUGAUGCCUGUACUGAGCAACAGAAGCCUGGAUUCAUCUCUGCAACUUCCUUUAACGUCAGUACAAGGCCUCCUUCAGCUCCAGCACCUACAGUACCUCCAGUUAGCUUUGCUCAGUCUGAUCCUGCACACUUUAGAGAAGUUUUUCCCCAAAAACCUCAACUUGGCUCUGGUAACCGAGGUUUUAAACAUGGGAGUCGCUCGCCUGUGAAAUCCCCACCCAGACGGCCAGCUGUGGAAUCUAUUAGCACUCCAGCGACUGCUCCAGCCAAUCACGGAAAUCCGUCAGGCGCUAAAAAGGGAAAGUAUUUGUCACCCACCAACGCCUCCAGGACUGAAAUGAGGUCACCCUCUGUGAAGUCUUAUCAUAUUCCAGUGGAGCAGAUUGAGAGGGAGUUGAAUGAUAUUGAGACAAACUUGGCUCAGUUGGAGAAGGAGGGCGUGGAGCUGGAAAAGAAACUCCGCAGCUGUGAGGAAGAGGGGAAGGGGGACAUAUUGAUGGACCCACUGAUGGUUGACUGGUUCAAUCUCAUUCGAAAAAAGCAGAUGUACAUUAGAAAGGAAUCAGAGCUUGUAUACACAGCCAGGACUCAAGAGUUGGAGCAGCAGCAGCCAGGUGUGGAGGGGGAACUUCGCAGGCUGCUGGAGAAGCCAGAUCAUUUAAAAUCUAGAGAGGAGCGACAGCGAGAGAAGAAGUUGAUGCAGAGACUGAUGGAGAUUGUGGAUGGCAGAAAUGCAAUUGUGGAGGGUUUGGAUGAAGACAGGCUGAGGGAAGUGGAGGAGGAUCAGCAGCUGAAUGAAAUGAUGAAAAAUCUUGGAGUAAAGAAAGCCAAAAAUAAGAGGAAAUCCUCCAUCUCAAAACUGUUCAGGCGAAGAAGUAAAAGACUAGUGGAAUGAUCUUCAAGGCAACUUUUACUAAACUUUGCAUUCUUGUCUUAUAUUUUUAAUUUUUUUAAAUGUUUUUAUAUUUUAGUUCUUCAAUACAUUGUGUGUUAACGAGAAGGCAAAUAACGAAGGGCAAAUAAAGAAAUGUCAAAUUUAGAAGCAUAAUGGAUCAAGUCAUGUAGUCAUGUGUUUCUAGUUGCUUCAGAAUAUUUCAACAUAAUAGUUCAGUUAAAAUGUUAGUUUUGUUCAACCUUACUGUUACUUAUUUAGUGAGAAUUUCAAAAUAGUUUAAUCUUUUCUCUUUUCACAAGGAGUAUCCUGUUUUUUCACAAUGUUUUUUCACUGUUGGUGGUGCUUAAUUAUGUUUAUAAUGUUUGAUUAGACCGCAGUAGAUGAGUGUCACAAGAAGAAAUUGCAUAAUUUAUUUAUGUGUGUUAGGUAAAGAUACUGUUGAGUGAUGUAUCUAAUAAUUUUAGCAAAUCAACACAGGGUCAAAAAAAUUGGAUGUGGGAGCUAAAAACAGAAAUUAUCAUGUUUUAUUAAUUACAUAGGGAACAUAGCUGUUCCACAUUCAAAUAGGAAUGAACAGAAUGGAUGUAUAAUCCUUCAACAGUCUUGAUCCAAAAUGAAAUUAUUUCAGUGUUUAUUUAAUAAUGGAUUUUAACAAAUUUCCCGUAAGGAUAUUAGCAGGAGAAAAAGCCUUGACAAUUAAGUUUUGAAUGGCUGUGGAGUGGAAAAUGGAGAGCCACACAUGUUGAACUGCCUUGUUGCAGACUGUAGUUCCUCUCUCACACUGUACUGUAGGUGGCAGCCUGGGUAUGCUGUAUCACAAGGCAAGAACUUGGAAAUCCAAUUUGCCACAGUACGGACAGUUAAUUUCUUUGCUAAUUUUAUAAAUGCUGCAAAAAUGUUCAGCUGUGCUGAUGCAAUAAUGUUAUGUGAAAGAGGAUUAGGUAGAGCAGUAGCUUAUGGCCAGGGAAGGCUUAUAAACUAUAGGUUGUAUUGAGCUCUUUAUCUUCAAACCGGGUUUAAUUAAACAUUACUCUUUACUAAUAUCUGCAUCAGAAAUGCUCCGUACCUGAGCUAUUAAAAUGUUCAAACGACAUGUGGAGUCUCUCAUGUGUGAAAAUGGCAUUCCCAGUGUUUAUAAGGAAUGUACUGUAAUGUUGCAAGUGUUAUUUAAUGGUAUGUACUUUUACUCUAUUUAUAGUAUUUUUAAACUUGAAAUCUGUUGUCCAAUAAAUCCUUUGAAGAUUA